UCCAUCCCUGCCCCACCUGGACCAUUAAUGAGGGCGUGACUUGGGCACCAUUCGACAUCUCCUCCCCCAUUAGGAUUCUCUUGAUUCGUCCCGAUUCGGUAGGGCGGCCUCGAUCUGUGACUCCCAGCUGUCGAACCAGAGCUGCAAGUCUCGCGCUGGUGUUGGCGUGACUCAUAACCGGGUCGUCACACAGAGAGUCGUGAGCUGAUUGUACUUGUAUACAAUACAGUUGCAGCCACCAUGUCCGCAUCUCAUUCCCACCCCCGCCGCCGUCCUCAAAAGGCAUCGGCACCUUCUCUCUCAACCCAUGGAAUGUCGUUGCGGAAGAGCGGUACCUUCCAUUCACCGAAGUCGAUUGCGUCCGAUGUAUGUGAUUUGGACAACCAUCACUACAUGCCGCGCCGCUCUCCAACAUCUCCUGAGAGUCUCGAGCAACUGCUCCAAGACUCUAGUGUACGUCGAGUGCAGAACUUGCUCGACGACUUCGACAAGAGGGUCGCUGGGCACAAGUCCUCGUUGACAGGCUCAAGCAUCCUCUCCGACCCAGAGGUCCUGCCGGUCCCCGGUCUCUUCCUUACUAGCACGAGCCUGGAGGCCACCCACAUGGAUGUUGACCCUAAGCCUAAGACCCAACAAGCUUCGCAUGAACACGCCUCGGACAGCGGUCUUGGUUCCAGUGUCGAUUCAAAAGACGGACAAUCAUCCGCUCGGGAAUCCAUCAGCACUUCCGUUUCUUCUUCCCACGCUGCCAUCACGCGCUCUUUCAGCGCACUUGGCGGUCCAGAGGAGAAGCACACGUUGAGUGACUAUGCAGCGGAGCAGAUCCGCCAGUACAUUGUUGAGCCUAUCCUGGCCGAAGAAACUCUCAAGGACUUCCAUCCUUUGAUCACCGACGUUCCUCGUCGCAUAGGUGAGAAGAACAUCUGCAACCUCCGCGACCUCGAAAAGACGUUGAUCUUCCUGGCACCGGAGCUUUCGGCUACACCGGCAUCGUAUCUUCAGUUCUGCGAGCGAUCAAUUCAACUCUUGCAUGCGACCGUCGACCGACUCUCUGAACAAGACCAACGACUUCCUUCCGACCGCCCUUACACUAACAACUACUUUCUCGAUUUGGUUGAACAGAUUCGACGAUACGCAGCAAUCAUGGCCGCCACCCGACGCAAAGAAGAGAAUGGAGAAGAAGUCGACGAAAUGGAUUACUCUCGCGAUGAGAAGAUUACCCUACGGGGUGGGCUAAGCCACGACGGCCGCCCUAUCGAGCUGGUGAGGGAAAAAGACGGCAAGCUGAUCCCGCUUGCUGAGCGUGCCGAUACCAUCGCCACCGGCUUCUCCAGCAAGCGCGCCUUGUCAGAUGAUGACAUGGAUGUCGACGAGGUGACACGAUCAAUGGCUCGUCGACGAAAGUCUGACAAGCCUGGCGAUAUUAUGCACGUCUGCCGUGACUGCAAGAAGGAGUUCAAACGCCCUUGCGAUCUCACCAAGCACGAGAAGACGCACUCCCGUCCAUGGAAGUGCACCGAAGAGAAGUGCAAGUACUUCGACCUUGGCUGGCCGACCGAGAAAGAACGUGACCGUCACAUCAACGACAAGCAUUCCAAUGCUCCCGCGCAGUACAAGUGUCUGUACCCGCCAUGCACCUACGCGUCCAAGCGUGAAUCGAACUGCAAACAACAUAUGGAGAAAGCCCACGGUUGGGAGUACGUCCGAUCUAAGAGCAAUGGCCGGAAGAAGACCCAGUCAAGUGAGCGAUCUCCGCCCACCCCACUGACGCCAUUCCUUGGUACCCCUCAAUCAGCUACGCUCUCAACACCCAUGACACCGUUCGCACCUUCACCGUCUGUGCCGUUGAUUGAUACCUUUGACUUCAACAACCCUUAUGGGUUUGGCACUCCUGCUCUAGGCAUGAAUGGGUUCCCAGACUUCCGCCGUGAUUCAGUCACAACCGACGGAUCGGCGCUUACUUAUUCAUCUGGCCAUUCUCCCACCGAGCCGACUUCUUUCGAAGAUGCGGUGACUCCUGAAGAUAGCGCCAUUAACCACAAUGACAUCUACAACCACAACAAUUGUGCGCUCAGCCUCAACACCAACUUUACCGGUGUCUUCCAGCAGCCCACUCCUGCAAUGAGCACAGGCUUUGAUUUUGAGCAAUUGCAAUUUCCCAUCACAUCUGGCGCGAACAAUGUUCCUCACCUGUCUCCGAGCGGGCAGGCUGACAUGACUUUGUUCUCGCCUCAAAUGCACCUCGAUGAGGGCUUUGGCGAAGGCAUGGACACUUUCACUGCUCCGACGGCUGACUUUGAGUUGUUCGGCGACGCUGCUCCAUCUUCAAUGGGGCUAGGUGGAACGUCCAGCUUCUUCCCUGACAUGAACAACUUUGGCGGUCAAUUCGAGAACAUGUACGUCGAGCCGACAACCACGUUGGACGAUUUGAUGGGCAACUACGGCAACCAGCAGUAGAUUGCCAAGUAGCGUUUGCAUACUUCGUUUUCUCGACUUCUUCUCAUGUAGCGACGGCCUAUAUCAUUCUGGAGUUUUAGGAUAAUCCUCACGUGCAAUGGUGGGAUGGGCUCUUACAGCUCUUACGGAGCUUUGGCUGAUGGAACACUUGGGUUUGCCGGGAGCUGGUUCUCAACUUGCGCUUGCACGAGAGUAACAGAAAAUCCAUAAAACAAAUGAUCUUUGUUUUCACGGGUUCACG